AUGAAGUCCAGCAUGAGGCAGUGGCGGAGGCUCACAUUGGUGGGAAUGCUGGCCUGGGUUUUCUGGGUUUUUUUCUCCUAUUUCCUGGACGCCCAGGUCAACAGUUCCCUUACCUCCAUUGGCUCCCUGCUCUACCACGCUCCUGACACCCGCCGUCUGUCCUCCAUUCCGGCCUCCCAUCAGCAAAAUGCCAUCGGAGUCUCUGGUUCAACCCCGACUUCGCCGGGAGACGUGCGAGAUCCUGAGCCUCAAAGCAGCUCUGUGACCUCCAGCGUGGAGACGAGCCGCAACCCUAACAGUGCACCCUACGCCAACUAUGGCAGCGAGGAGAUGAACCGGCAGGACUACAUGGACCCGCAGAGUCUAGCGGCUUGGUCUUCCUUUGGCACGGAGAAUGUGGAUUCUCACUCAGACCCAGUGCUCCAGAGUCACGAGAGAACUUCCCAAACAAUGGAAUAUCAAAACCAUGUGAGAAGAGCACAUCACCCUGGAGGAGAGGAAGAAGAUGAGAGAGAAAACGUAACUGUAGAGAAGUCUGCAUCAGUUUUGAAACUCUUGUGGAAGGGACGCUUGUCCGUUGACAUGCUAGACCCUUGGCUGCAGCGAGCUCAAAAAAAAUACAUGGAGGCCAACACACACCACGUGGCCUACAAGGGGCCCCGCCAGGCCUCUCGAAGUGCCAAGGAACUGCUUUGUCAGAUGAAGGCUAAGGCCCGGCUGAGUACGAUAGACGGGUCGGAGAAGCCAUUCUCCUCACUGGGAUGGGCCCACCUUGUGCCAUCCCUUCCGCUGGGGCAGCUGCACAGUUCCCAGGGUCAGAGCAGCUUCAAGACCUGCGCCGUGGUCUCAUCUGCCGGUGCAGUCUUACGAUCUGGCCUGGGAAAAGAGAUCGACGCUCAUGACGCUGUGGUGAGGUUCAACGCGGCGCCCACCAAGGGCUACGAGAAAGACGUGGGCAAGAAGACCACCAUACGCCUCAUCAAUUCAAGGAUUGUGGCAAGUCCAGAGUUCAAGACCAGUUCUCUUUACAAGAAUGUAACCUUGGUGGCCUGGGACCCGCCACCUUACACGCUCAACCUGCACGAGUGGUAUGCCAGUCCAGACUACAACCUGUUUGGACCGUACAUGAAACACCGCAAAUUCCAUCCCGACCAGCCCUUCUACAUUCUUCAUCCCAGUUACCUUUGGGGCCUUUGGGAUGUGAUACAGGGCAACACAAAAGUGAACAUCCAGCCCAACCCUCCCUCAUCUGGCUUCAUCGGAAUCGCCCUGAUGAUGGCGCUGUGUGAGCAGGUGCACGUAUAUGAGUUCAUCCCCUCGAUGAGGAAGACCGACCUGUGUCAUUACUACCAGCGUCAUUUCGACGAGGCGUGCACUCUGGGCUCCUACCACCCACUUUUGUACGAGAAGAGGCUCAUUCAGCGGAUCAACAGCGGCACAGAGGGCGACCUGCGUAGGAAGGGUCGGGUCACACUCCCAGGCUUCCGCACCUUCAACUGUGACAUUUGA